UCAGCUGUUACUGUUGGUUAUUGUUACAUGCAAAUGUUAUUGUUGAAAUUAAAUUGUGCUAAGCUGGCUAAAUAUUGUAGUGACCAUUAAAAUGCAAAGUGCAUGUUCUUUUUUUAUUUGCUUCCAAAUAUCUAGAUGUAUUAGUUCAUCUAGCAUAUGUUCAAUUUCUAAUAGAGAAGGUAAAUUUAUGAAAAAAUUAGUGAAUGGAAGUCGUAAAUCGAAAAAAAAGUGGUAUGACUCAAACAUAGAAUUACGCAGUGUCACAAACAUCAAUUCAACCAAUACCUCAUCUUCUAUGCAUACCAGACGCAGAAUGAUAAUUCGUGAUAAACUUUUUAUGCAACAUAUAACAGACAUGAUAUCGAUGGGACAAGAAUCUGACAUUAUAAAAGAAAGUAUAGAGAUUACUCAUGUCAAAAUAACGCAAGAUUUUAAACGCAUCAAUGUGUUUUAUAUACCUAGUAAUAAUAAUAAUGCCCCAGUUGAUCAAGAAGCAUUGCAGAAGUACGCCAGAAUUAUUCGGCAUGAGCUAUCGCAGCUCCGUAUCAUAGGUGUAGUGCCGCCUAUCUAUUUUGUUGAAAAUAAGCUCUAUUGUAGAGAGAAGGAGGUCGAAAAGAGAUUGGCGAUGAUAACUUUCGAGGAAGAUAGUGAAAUCUUGUCCAAACAAAUGGAAUCGGAUAUGCCUGAUGUUAGUGGUGUUGAUCAGAUUUUGCACAAAAAAUCAGUUGUAAAUGAUAAUUCUAAGAGGGAUGAAUUUUAUAUCCAAUUGCCAACAAUGAAACACGAUGUAUUAGGACUAGAUCAUCACAAAAUCAUGUCUCGGAUUACUAGUGUAGUGUCCAAGGCGAAGAAAGCUGCGCAAAUACGAAUGUUGGAUAUAAAUACUAGUACAGAGAAAAGCGAUCCAGUUUCAAACGAAGUCGAGUUCUUAACUCAAGAAGAGCAACGAAAGAUCUUCUCUGAUUUUCUAAUUAAAAAACAAAGGGAAGCACGACGCAUGAAACAGUCGAAAGGCCGGAAACUGUUUAAUUUUGAAGAAGAGAUAAAUAACGAAGAAUCUAAUUACGAGAAUGAUGUUGAUGUCGACGAAUACAUUGACGACAUUGAUGUUAACGAAUACAACGAUAACAAUAAUUUCCAGGAUGACACGCGAAAAUGAUUUCAAAAUAAUGUUUCAGAAUAAUUUUUAUUCAAUAUAAAUAUAAUACUAACGCUUGAUUUUCUGUACAUGUGUGUACAAUAAAUAAUUUAUUAUUAAUAAA